AUGUCAACCCGCCGCUACCGCUCGGCAAUUGCUUGCGAAUCGUGCCGCCGCCGCAAAGUCCGCUGCAGUCUUACGGUCACGGGGAUUCCGUGUAUUGGGUGUGCGCAGGACCGCGCCGAGUGCGUGGUUGAUGAAAGGAGGAGUUUGACGUUGAGUAGGGUUCAAGAGCGGAGGGCUCGGCAGUCGCAUUCGCAGCCGCAUUCACCUGGGCAUAGAUCUAAUGAUGCUCUGCCGUCGAGUCAACCGUUUAACAGCCAUUUUCGUCAUGUUGAACCAUCAGAGUCACCCUCGCAUGCCAGUGACCGGAUACAAGAUGAAGAGCGCAACGGGCUUGAAAUUGCAGCUGCUGCACUGGGUCAGCGUGAAGGUGUUGGGCAGGUUCCUUUUUAUACUGGCGACCAGACCGGCAUAACAUCAACCCUGGACCUCUGCUCCCCCGAACAACAUCUCCCGCGGCACCUGCUCCUUCCCAUGCACAUGCCUGCCGCCUCGCUCUCCGACUCGCUCUCCGACCAAGAUAGAGAAUAUCUAGCGAGUAAGGGUGUGUUCACGCUACCCGGGAAGGAGGCGUGCGAUAGUCUGAUCCGUGCGUACUUUCGCCAUGUGCAUCCGAUCAUGCCGAUUAUUGAGGCAGAUGGGUUGUUGGGUGCUGUUGCGGCGGGGAGGUUUGAGGAUUAUAAUGUGUUGUUGGUGUGGAGUGUGUUUUUCGCUGCUGUUAAUUUCAUCCCGAUACCGAUAUGCCAGAGCGAGGGCUACGAAUCCCGGAAAGCGAUGAAAGCAGCCAUGUACUCAUGCGCAAGGUCCAUGUACAACCACACCACCGACCGAAUCACCCUCCUCCAAUCCUCCCUCCUCCUCGGCUUCUGGCACUCUGAGACAGACCAACAUGCAGCCCCCUGGUACUGGACCGGCAUCUCCGUCAACAUGUGCCAGAUCCUUGGCCUCCACCGCAACCCCGACAACACUAACAGCACUAGCACAACCCGCCGCAACGCCUCGAUCACAGACCGCCAGCGGCACCUCUGGCGACGCCUCUGGUGGACGUGUUUCUUCCGCGACCGCUGGCUGAGCCUUACGCUGGGCCGGCCGAUGAGGAUUGAUCUAAAUGAUUGUGAUAUGCCGAUGGCGAGGGCGGAGGAUUUGUUGAGUGAUCUUGAGGGUGUGGAGAGGGGUGUGAAGGAGGCGUUUCUACCAAGGGAUUUGGAGAGGAUGGCGGGGUUUUGGGUGAUGUUAGUGGAGAUGAGCAAGGUAUUGGGGAAGGUGCUGAAGCUGAAUUAUCAGGCAUUGAGGGGGAGACCUGGGUUGGGGGAGGUUGAGGCUCUGGAGGCGCAGAUAUUAUCUUGUCGGUGUCCGGAUGUUGGUGAUGAUAAUGGGUCUGGGUUGAGCCGGGAGGCUUUUUUUUAUGUUUAUCAUUUGCAGCUGCAUUACCAAGCGAUUCUCAUCAUGUUCUACCGCCCCUACGGAACCGAAUCACCAGAAGGUCUCCAUCCAGCACAGCAACAGAAAUGGCAGCACCGAAUGCGCCGCGAGGCCGACACAGCAGCUUCCCGAACAAACGAUAUCCUUGACAUGCUGGCCCAGGAGAAUCUCCUCGAAUUCGCCCUUCCAAUGACCCCACCCCUCCUCAUCCCAGCAAUGCAAAUGCACCUGCUCAACUGCAACUCGGCAAACUCCCUCUCGCGACGGCUGCGUUUGAACAAGCUUAACGUAUGCAUGAUGGUCAUGGAGGAGUUUCAGAAGGUAUAUACCGUUGCGUCAAUCUAUCGAGGGAUUUUUGCAAAGGCUAUUCAGCAGUUUUAUGCACGGGAUGCGGGGGUUAUGGGGAUGCCUAGUCCUACUUGGCUUGCUGCGAAUGCGGGUGCAAGUGUGAAUGCAACCGAGCCUCCUGCCCUUGUUCCUGUGGCUUCUGUUCCCAUGGCUGUUGAUGCUGGUGCUGGUGGUGGUGACGUGCAAGCUCAAGCUGUGAGCGUCCCAUUUGAGGGAGAUUUGAACAUGAACACCGAGAUGACCAGUGAUCUAAUCGAUGCACUGGUUGACGAAGCCUCUACGUUUAACUUCUGGGAGACAUGGGGACAGUUAUGGGUUGAUCAGUGA